GAGAACGAAUUAGUACAAAAGCCCUUGUGCGGACCGGGUGCAGACCCACCCCCAGCAAACACAUCGAUAUGUCAUCGCAAAUUCCCUUGCUCGAUAUGUCACCAAGCCACCUCGUUUCCCGUCCAAUCCGGAGUGAACGUAGCUUCUUUUCACGCUUUAAUCCUUCCAAGCACUUCAAGCUUUAUAAAUUUAACGUCUUUUCCAAGCCACCUCUUUAUCUUCAUUGUUUCUUUCCAAAAAAAAGGGUUUCUAAAGCUUCUCCUUCCAACCAAAGUGUUCUUGAUAAUAAGCCAAUCUCCAGUUAGCCCCUCUUCCCUCCUAUCGGCUACACUCGCAAUCUUGCAAGCCACCCACGCCCCGGAGUUCGUCAUCCAGUAUACAUUGCCAACCCGAACCGUCAGGCAAGAUGGGGCUUUUCACAAUGACAAAAAAACGGCGUCUCGUAUUAACGAUCGUUAUAUCCGCGGCCUUCUUCUUGACCGAAUUGAUCGUUGGUUUUAUGACUCGGUCGUUGGCUUUGAUCGCCGAUGCUAUUCACUACUUAAACGAUUUAAUCAGCUUCAUCGUUGCCCUGGUUGCCCUACUGAUCUCCGAACGCGAUAGCUCGCCUCAAGCACUGAGCUUUGGUUGGCAGCGUGCCCAACUUCUUGGUUCCUUCUUCAAUGGAGUCUUCCUCUUGGCUCUUGGAGUCGGUCUUGUCUUUACGUCUAUCGAGCGCUUCAUCGAAAUACAAGAGGUUAAGAAUCCGGUCCUGGUCCUCAUUGUUGCUUGCGUCGGCUUGGGUCUCAACGUCCUUGUCCUUAGCUUCCUCCAUGACCACGAUCACGGCGGCCACGGCCACGAUCACGACCACGGUCACAGCCACGAAAGCAGCGAAGAGCAUGGUGAAGGUGGUCGCAAGAGCGACAAGGCAUCUAUGCAGCAUUUACAGCCGCUUAGCGGUCAUUUGGAGCACCGCCAUAACACUUUCAAACCUGCCAAGGCUGGUCGGGAUCUUGGAAUGCUCGCCGUGCUUAUUCAUGUCAUCGGCGACGCUAUCAACAACCUUGGCGUAAUAGUAGUUGCCAUCGCCAUCUGGAAGGCCAACUCUCACAAUCGUUUCUAUGCCGAUCCAGCCAUCAGUCUUUUCAUUGCGUUCAUGCUCAUCUUCACUUCAGUUCCGGUCACCAAGAAGAGUGGCCACAUCCUUCUGGAGAGUGCCCCUAAUGGGAUCGUUGUCGAAGACGUCAGGCAUGACAUUGAAAAUGUCACGGGAGUUGAAUCUGCUCAUGAGCUCCACAUCUGGAGACUGAAUCAAGAGGUAUCCAUAGCCUCAGCCCACGUAGUGGUGUCUGAUGACAGCAUCUCUUCCUUCAUGGACAAGGCGAAGACCAUUGGCGAAUGCCUACAUGCUUACAACAUUCACUCCGUCACACUGCAGCCAGAACUCAUUCACAAAAUCCCGCCUUCAGCUAUUGGCAACGGUCCAACGCAUCAGCUGGACCCAUUGGCCGCUUCGUCUGCUGCGACCACAAAUGACAAGAAACUAGCUCGCGUUGACCCGUCGCUUAAGCAGCGCACUCUGGCCCAAGGAUGCCAGGUCAACUGCGGGAGUGUCUGUGAACGGUACACGUGUUGCAAUUAAACACAUUGCCUUUAGACAACAUGUAAUAAGGGUCUGACGUGUUCCACAAGUGACCAAUGCGGUAUACAAAAGUCACAGCACUUCAAACU